AAAGGAGAAUCAAUACUGAGCAGGAUGCAAUGAUAAAGGUCAGGUCAUGGAACUGGAUGUGGUACAACGUCCCUGUAAUUCUCACAUUCUGGAGGUAGGGGCAAGAGGAUUGCCAUGAGUUCUGGGCAAGCCUGGGCUACAGAGUGAGAUCAUUCCUCAAACAUCACCAUUGCCGACACAGACAGGUGCCUUUGAUUCCCUUCCUGUGGGAGAACUCAGAUGCUUUGGGAAAAGACUACACCAUGUGCUUGAGGAACUCUGGACUGAGACUGGAGCUGUAGACCAGGCACACAAUGUCCCUCGCCCACCCAGACGCCAUCUGUGUCGAUGCGGCGUGGUGCUUUCUGGUGGAAGGGUGCCAGAGAAAGGGUCUGUGAUGUGGCCAACACGUAUCUCCUGGGCUGAACUUAAAACUAUGCUACCACAAAAGCCACCCUAACGUCUAGGCCACCGAACGUCCGGGUUCCUCUCUUCUGGGCUCUGUUCCAGGUCUGGACAAAAGAGCUCAGCAGUGGAUGAAGAUUUGUCUUCCUGUAGAUGUCAAGUCAGCGAUGAGGCUCCGGAUUCUCCUCCUUACUGUGCCCAUCUAUGGGGUUGUGGUUUUUCUGCACGUUCUGGGAAACCUCAAGGGUAGACAUGAUGAGAUCAAAGAAGUCGACCAAUGCUGGGUACAGCCUCCCAGAAGGUUUUGUGGGAAAAGGUGCACGAAGGUGCACGGAUGUGUGAGACCGAACCACACGUGUUGCUGGACGUACUGUGGAAACAUCUGCUUGGACGACGAAGAACCGUUUAAAACACUGAUGAAACUCUAGUCUCUAUGUGGUCCACCGCUGGUGCGGGUUGCCAUGAAACUCUAGUCUCUAUGCGGUCCUCCGCUGGUGCGGGUUGCCCUGUGACCGACUGGGAGGAAUGCUGCCUGCUUCCCUGGAGGGACACUCACUCCAGCUGAGAGCCUUUCAGCUCUCUCCUAAUGUCUUCACUCAGAGAAAGCCCAAGCUUUUGCCAAAUAAACGAAUAUAUCAACCUGA